ACAGUGACAACAAGAAGGGGGUUUGGAAGCAGCAGUCAGAGUUGCUGUAAAAGCAGGGAUUCCUCAGUGGCAGACUUCGAGUCUGCUUUUGUUCCUAGACAAGCGUGACACCCCUUUCACCCCCGAAAAGUUCUUCUACGACACCAUCUGCCUGGACUACUGCGGGGCGCCGGGUCCUCUCUACGUCACCUUCACGGCCGCUGCCUGGAGCUUUGGUUACAUCCUCCUCUUUCUCCUCUUUGUCGUCGUCAUGGCCUUCGGCGACGCCUACAGCGUGUCCUCCACCAACCAGCUUCUGGCUACAGCUGCCGGAGGCUUCGUUCCUUUCCUCUUCCGCUACGUCUUCAAGUCCCCCGACCCCCCGUCCUUGCGGACGGACAGCGUGCAGUUUCAAUCACAGUUCCAUCAGGCUAUCAAUCGCUACGCACAGAACUGGCCCGUGUACGACCUCAUCCCCACCCAGUUCCGCGAAAUAAGCCUCGCGGACAUCAUCGUCCGCAACAGCACGCAAGAGGUCACCAGGUCAAACCAUGACCCGCACGUGCUACCCGAUAUAGAAUCUGUAUCCAGCGAGGGAGAAGAUUUCAUCGACGUUCACAUGUCCAACGAGGCAACGGCAAACGGAAAUGACGACGAAGGUUUUGAUAUGAUUAUUGACGUUUCAGCGGAAGACUCGAGAUGCCACGGGUCGUUUGAUACCCAGCUCGGCAUGCUGGGUAAUCUGAGAAACCUUCGUCCAAGUUCGUCGCGCUUCAGUGGUCACAUAUACAGACCUCGUAAUUCUAGUAAAGGAAAGGUUAUUGAGGUUUAAAUAAGUGGGUUUAGGUUUUAUAAAUCGUGUAGAAAAUACCUGAGGGGACAUUGAUAAAAGGCCCUUUCUGAGGAAAGCAAACUCCCAGCCGUUAUAAACAUUAAUUUACUGUUAACUACCCCAAGAAUCAGGCUUCACCAUCGGUCUUUCCUCUUCUUCUUAAAUCCACACACACUGUGUCGGAACAAAGCUUCACAGUGUUAGUUACCUGUUUCUUCUUUAAUAAUGAUUUUGCAGAUGAAUAGUAGCAUUAAAAUGAUGACAGCUAAUAUAUCACAGCUGUUGAGAUAUAUUUUUUAACAUUACUCUAACCUCAGACAAAUUUAUUAAAUUUCUUGAAUUCACAAACUUCUGACAGAGGCAUUUUUUAUUUAGUUACAUUUACAGCAAAAAGGACAAGUACACUGGCGAACGAAAAGAUGACAUGUAAAACAGAAAAACAUGAUAGUCUGGUUAGAGGAGAAACUUAACUAGUGUUACUGGCAUUUGGGAAAAGAAACAAUUUUGGAUGCUGUCUUUUUCAAUCUAGUUAUUAUUGUGAUAUUAGAUUAAAACUUUUACUGCUGUUUUAGUCUUCAAAAGAAAAUUAAGCUAUCGAAGAGAAGUCCAGAGUACAAUUU